AUGCAAGGUAGAUCCCCAGGCCAGGAAUCAAUUGGGUCUGGGACAAAGAGAUCCAGUGUGUCAUCUGGUAGUAGGUCUAGAAAUCAGAAGGAGUUCUUCUAUAAAUUUGUUGAUAGUGACAGUCUGAAUGAAAAACUUGUAGAUUGGUUUGAAUCUAUAACAGAAAAAUAUACAUCGAAACAGCAAGCAUUUGAUGUUCCAUUUGAGUUGAUUGAACUUCAAAAAUUUGAUUAUGCAUUGGAGGGGAUUCCAUUUCAGCAGCUGACUCGCAUGCCGAAUGCUGUUCAUGCUUCUGCAUCUGAAGCUGUAGAAGCAACAUCUUGUCUUGCUAUUGAAGAUUUUCUACAUGCUAGUAUGAAGGGCUUGUGGGAGGCGUUUUGGAGUCAAGACGAGCCUAUGCCUUUUUCAGCAGCUUGUCUGUAUAAUGCUAACAUGAAAUUUUAUCAGGCGGAAAAUGCUAUUGCUAAUGGAAGACUUGGAGGUCUUUGUGGCACUGGUAUAUUGCUUAAUAAUUCUAGACAUCCUCAUGGGAAAUGGGAUCAUCUCCUUGAAUUAACUCUUCUAAGAACAGAUAUCAGAGGUCUAGCUGUUGGCAGCGACCGCCAGCCUUCGUUACCAGUUCUAGGAGAAGCUCUAUUUUAUGCUAUUCGAAUGCUGUUGGCAAGGAGUUUGAGUAGACUGAGUUUCUUUCCGGAUCCAAGCACGGUCUUUGUUCUUCUAGUUGAUUCUCAAUAUGGGGGAGUUGUAAAGGUUGAAGGAGAUAAUCUGGAACAAGCUAGGAAAUGCAAACUGGGGAGAUAUUGGUGCUCUGCAGCUGCCGACCAUAGUUCCCGUCUCCAAACGAGAAGAAUUGAGAGGCAGUUAGGAGAUACCGCCAGAGUGAAUGGAAAUGGCCUAUUUCAUUACCAGCAGCGCAGUGUUUCCCCUGAGAUUGUCGAAGUUCAGGAUGAUUAUGUCAAUGUUGAUUCCAAAGAGGCGAUGAAAUUAGAAGAAGGAUCUUUGUUAUGGCUGGAAGAUUCAGAUGGACAAAAGGGUUAUCAAAUACAAGAAGUAAUCAAUACUGGUGAACUGACAUGCUACAUUGCAUCUUAUGUUGAAGACCCGGGAAUAGAUUUGUUUCUGUACGUGGGCUCUCAUCCCUCCCAGCUUGAACCGGCAUGGGAAGAUAUGAAUUUAUGGUAUCAAGUCCAGAGGCAAACCAAAGUAUUGACAAUAAUGAAGCAGAAAGGUCUCUCGAGCAAAUAUCUGCCUGAAUUAAUUGCCUUUGGAAGGAUCAUACACCCUGGUCAUUGUCGAAGGCCCAGCUCUGGUGGAAAUUGUGACCACCCUUGGUGCGGGACUCCUGUUCUUGUGACCAGUCCAAUUGGUGAAACAGUCGCUGAAAUGGUAGAGUCAGGCCGAUUUGGUUCAGAUGAGGCUAUCAAAUGUUGCCAUGAUUGCUUAUCAGCACUCUCGACUGCUACCUCAGCGGGACUACGGCAUGGAGACAUCAGGCCGGAGAAUGUGAUUUGUGUUAGGUCUGGUGUUAGGCACCCUUACUUUGUUCUAAUUGGGUGGGGCCAUGCAAUUCUUGAAGACAGAGACCGUCCUGCCAUGAAUCUUCAUUUUUCAUCUACUUACGCACUUCAGGAAGGAAAGCUAUGCUCCGCCUCUGAUGCGGAAAGCCUCGUAUACAUGCUUUAUUAUUCAUGCGGUGGUGUAUUCCCUGAUCUAGAUUCAGUAGAGGGAGCGCUACAAUGGAGAGAAACAUCUUGGUCAAGGAGAUCAAUUCAACAAAAGCUUGGUGAUAUUUCCACAUUGCUGAAAGCUUUUGCCGAUUAUGUCGACAGUCUAUGCGGAACGCCGUAUCCCAUGAACUAUGACAUAUGGCUGAGAAGGUUGACGCGAAAUAUUCAAGAAGAUGAUCACGGAAAGGAAAUUGUUAGAGCGUGA